AUGGGGAGUACGAUUAAUUCGCAGCAUGUGGAGGAUAAGGGCCACGUGGUUUUGUUCCCCUUCAUGUCCAAAGGCCACACCAUCCCACUCCUCCACCUCUCCCGCCUCUUCCUCGCUCGCCGCCUCCGCGUCACCAUCUUCACCACCCCCGCCAACCGCCCCUUCAUUAACCAAUCCCUCGCCGAUACCUCAGCCUCCGUGAUCUCCCUCCCUUUCCCUCAAAGCAUCUUCCCCGAAAUCCCCGCCGGCGUCGAGAGCACCGACAAGCUCCCUUCCAUCGACCUCUUCUACCCCUUCGCCCUCACCACCGGCCACAUGCAGCCCGACUUCGAGCGAGCCCUCCGGACUCUUCCACGUGUCAGCUUCAUGGUUUCCGACGCCUUCCUCUGGUGGACCCUCGACUCCGCAGACAAGCUCGGCUUCCCGGGGUUUAUUUUCUACGGCUUCGGCAACUACCCCAUGUCUGUGAGCAAAGUCGUUGCCGAGAACCGCCUGCUGCAUGGGCCCGAGUCGGACGACGAGUUAAUAACCGUGACUCGGUUUCCUUGGAUCCAAAUUACCAGAAAGGACUUCUACGAAGCUUCUACAAAGGAUUAUCAUGACCAACCAAGUCAAAGCUCUGAGUUCAGAAUGAAGAUUAAGGUGGCAAAUAUUCGUAGCUUCGGGAUGAUAGUCAACAGUUUCUAUGAGCUUGAGCCUGUGUUUACUGACUAUUGGAACAGUGAGUGUAAGCCCAAGGUCUGGUGCGUGGGGCCUCUGUGCCAGGUGGCACAAGAUGAGCCACACGAUGAUCAUCACGAUAAGCCCAUCUGGAUUGAGUGGCUAGAUGAGAAGCUGGAGAAGGGGAGUUGGGUUUUGUAUGUUGCAUUUGGAACGCAAGCUGAGUUGUCAGCCGAGCAGCUUCAAGAAAUAGCGAAAGGGUUGGAAAACUCAAACAUCAAUUUCUUGUGGGUCAUACGAAGCAAAGGGACAGAAGAAACUGCGGGUUGGGAUAUAAAUGGGUUCGAAGAGAGAGUGAAGGGGAGGGGAAUAGUGGUCAAAGAGUGGGUUGACCAGAGGCGGAUUCUGAUGCAUGAGAGCGUGAAGGGUUUUGUAAGCCACUGUGGAUGGAACUCAGUGCUGGAGAGCAUAUGCGCCGGAGUGCCGAUUCUGGCUUGGCCCAUGAUGGCGGAUCAGCCGCUGAAUGCGAGAAUGGUGGUGGAGGAGAUCAAGGUCGGGCUGAGGGUGGAGACGUGUGAUGGUUCAGUCAAAGGGUUUGUGAAGUCGGAGGGGUUGGAGAAGAUGGUCAAAGAGUUGAUGGAAGGAGAGAAGGGCGAGGAGGUGAGGAAGAAGGUGAAGGAGUUUGCUGACCUGGCAAACAAGGCUGUGAAGGAGGGUGGCUCGUCAUGGCUGACGUUGCAAUCGCUUAUAGAUGAGACAACAUUAUGA